AUGCCACACUUGCUGAUGGUAUAUUCCAUGGAUUCGAAUGACGACGAUGAUAACGAUGAACCCGAAUUCAAUAAAGACAUCUUCAUACCAGCAGACAACAUCGUAAACAACAGCUUAGAAACAUCUUCAGAAGAAGACAAGCCCCUCACCUUUGAAGAAAACCUCAAAAUGGAUAGCGACGAAGAAACAACACAAGAUUUCGAAAAAAGUAUCACUGGUGAGGUCCAACAGCUUCCAGAGCAAGUUGCAAUAUGCGCCAAGAAUAUUCUAGAAAACUCUGAAUCUGCAAAGCAAAUGGAAAAUGAUCUAUUUUUACACACCAUGGACUUUGCCGGACAACCAGUCUACAGUGUCACGCACCCCGUGUUCCUUCCCCCCAAGGGGAUCUUUCUUCUUGUCCAUAACUUGGAAAACGACCUGCACGCUCAAGCGACUCCUAUGGUAAAAUGUGGAGCAGCAGAAAGAAUAAUCGACGAUCAUUGUCCAAUGACCAAUAUGGAUCAUUUGGAAUCCUGGUUGUCAUUGAUUGCAGCUAAUUCAACUCUCGAAGGUGGUUCUCCAGUCUUUGUGGUCUCUACUCAUGCUGAUAAACCGUUUAAGCCUGAUGUCAAACAGACUGCAAGACAAAUGCUCCAGAAUCUCAAGAGGGAGGACUUUGCACCAAGAAGUCAUGUUGUUAACGGCUUAUACACUGUAGAUAACACWGUCUCAGGAAGYGGAGGUCCCGAUGACCSUGGCGUACAAAGWUUAAAAGWUGCUYUAUCUAAYGAAGCGAGGAACCUUCCACAACUUAAUGAGGAUAUUCCUAUUCGRUGGYUGUCUUUUGAGAAGAGACUUUUGAGUCUUGUAUCCGAAAAGARGGAGAAAUACAUCUCGCAUGAAGACGCCAAAACCAUUGCCUUAGAAUGUGGAGUAGACGUCGAUUCGGAUGAGUUCAACACUCUCUUGGACUAUUUGCACGACUUGAAAGUGAUCAUCUACUUCCCCGAAACCAAUAUGAUAAUCAUCGACACACAAUGGCUACUUGACAUGUUUGCCAAAGUGAUAACUGUUCAACCCAUCGAAUGUCAUCAUAAGGAGUAUGAAAGUGAAUGGAGGAAACUAGAAGAGCAUGGUAURAUCAGCGUCAACUUUCUCAAACAUUUAUGGUGUGACCUCCUCGAUGACCAUUCAUCAUUCCAGUCGUUAAUUGACAUCAUGGAAAAAUUCUCACUCAUAUGCAAUUGGAAGCAAUUAGAUGGAGGCACGAGUUAUCUUGUUCCAGCUAUGUUGAUGAACACAAGUGAAGAAAAAGCCAAUGCAUUAAUAGGAGAUAACAUGGCUCCGCCAUUAGUCAUAAGAUUUGAUUGCUCACAUUUGCCUUUCGCCAUUUUCCCACGACUCUUAGUUCUCGUCGAAAAGAUGUGCAACUCAGAAUGGCCGUGUUCCUCUCCGCCUCAUCUCUCCAAAAACUUUGCAAGAUUUUAUAUUGUUGAUGACAAGUGUGCGUUCAGCCUGGUCUUCACAUCCGAUUUGCAAACAAUCAGAGUUGCACUGUUCAACGACAAAACAAAAGGCAAUAAUAGAAAUGGCUUUUUCGUCAACCUGUGCAAAUGGCUAACGGAGUUUCUCGAGGGAACACUACAGAAAAUGAUUGAGUCAUUUCCCUUGGAUGAGAAGACUGUUGAGCAGCUUCAAGCCCUUUGUUUACCUUCGGAAGAUGACGCUGUGUGCAAGGAAGUCAUUGCUGCUUUCAAUGAAAUCUCCCUGAAGACUAUUUCACAGGACGAGGUGRCUAGAACAGCUAAGAGAAUCGCUGGUACAUCAUAA